AUGCGGGCUUUAUCAGAUCCUCCACUUCGAGAAUACCAUGUGUGGUGGUCUCUUUCGGAUUCCAAGUACGGUGGAACCCACCGCUCGUCGCGGAUUUUGGUUGUCUCACCCUCAGCUCUUGUUAUUUCGGCGUCGAGAACUCGUUCAUCGAGUGUUGGAAAGACGUCGUUGAUGAACCAAUAUGUGCACAAAAAGUUCACGCAGCAGUAUAAGGUCACCAUUGGCGCUGAUUAUGUCACCAAGGAAAUUCUAGUUGAUGACAGACUCGUUACCUUGCAGAUUUGGGAUAUUGCAGGACAAGAAAGAUUCCAGAGUCUUGGUGUUGCAUUCUACAGAGGAGUUGACUGCUGCGUCUUGGUCUAUGAUGUUAAUAUCCGAAGAUCAUUUGACACUCUUGAUAAUUGGCAUGAUGAAUUUCUUAAUCAGGUCCAUACUAAAGGGUCUCAGGCAUUCCCCUUUCUGAUAUUAUGUUGGUUGGUGAGAGAUUGA